AUGACACGUAUGCUAGAUGCUUUGUUGCUUCCUCGAACUCAUGCGCUUUUCAGGAACGUGCACCUGCCUGAAGCACCGACGACAGCAGCCGCAGCGGCGCCCGUCGGCGACACCAUGUUUCCUGGAGAGUCAGAGGAGUGGACAGAUGGUUUCGGUGGGCAUCUCGACGGCACGCCGGCCGAGGGCAAGAGCAAGGGCAAGAGGAAAAGAGAGCCGCUAGAAUUGGAGCCACCAAACUUCCCCAUUAAGUUUGGUCGUAGCCAGAAACGCAAGCGGUACGAUUUGGAAUUCAAAGUAAACGCCAUUAAGUGCGCGACCAUGCAAAGCCCGGGGGCGCAGGGGCCUAAUGAAACCAUCGGUGUGUCGUAUGCGCAACGAGUGCUUGGGAUCCCCGAGAAGAUCACACUCUCUGCGUGGAUAAAAGACAGAACGAAGUACGAGAAGCAGCUGGAACAGGCAGACCAGCUCGGGGCCAGAGGCAAGAAAAAAGCCCGGAGCGUGAAGUCGUUUAACACGGGGAGGGUAAGGUCAAACGCUGAGGUCGAGCUCGAACUUCUCGACUGGAUCAACGAUGUUCGUUCGGAAGCCAUCUCUGCCCGCGUCGCUACAAGGAUGAUCAAGAACAAGGCGGUAUCGCUCAACUCGCUUUGGUUCGGCCCGAGGCCUGCAACAAACGACCUGGAGGGCAGUAGAAAGUACCGCAACAAGCACACUCACUGGUGCAGGAGGUUCCUUAGGAAGAACCGGUUGUCAUUCCGGGCGGCUACCAAGCAAGGCCAGAAACUCCCUUCCGGGUGGCCUGCANUUCUCGACUGGAUCAACGAUGUUCGUUCGGAAGCCAUCUCUGCCCGCGUCGCUACAAGGAUGAUCAAGAACAAGGCGGUAUCGCUCAACUCGCUUUGGUUCGGCCCGAGGCCUGCAACAAACGACCUGGAGGGCAGUAGAAAGUACCGCAACAAGCACACUCACUGGUGCAGGAGGUUCCUUAGGAAGAACCGGUUGUCAUUCCGGGCGGCUACCAAGCAAGGCCAGAAACUCCCUUCCGGGUGGCCUGCAAUUGCCAUGAAAGCCGUCAAGGAAUGGAGGGCGCUUCGUCACGGAGGAAUCGACGGUGCAACAAGCAGUGCGCCUUCGAAGCCACCUCUGUUGUUCAAGGAGGAGCAGAGCUACAGCAUGGAUGAAACUGCUGUGUGGAUGGAGCCCGCUGGCACGUCGACCGUGGCGGUGAGUUCAAAAAGUGUUGCUUCGAAUCAUGUGCCUGUCUGGUCGUUUCUUGGCAUUCCGUGCAAACAGUGGGCAUUGUGAUGCCAUAUUUCUUGCCGCAUACCGACUCAGUGUCCAGCCAGUAAGGCUAGACGACGUUGGUAUUGUGCUUAAGCCGGGUUACAAUUUUCUUAAUAUUCGCUUCCAUCAUCACUGUACUGCAAAACCUAUACGUCACUUUGUGCGUGAAGAGCUGUCAUUCUCAUCUACAAAAUCGACUUUUUUCGUCGCCUCUGCUUUCUCUAUUGUUUUUUGCUUUUUAUUUUUGUCGUUCGCAGCACACCGGUCAGAAAGAGGUGGCCAUCAAAACCGGUGGAAAGGAAA